UCUAUGCAUAUCUGAAUGUAUGUGAAAGAUAAUAAUGUACCGUUUUGGAGAAUAGGGACUGUAAAGAGACUAAGGAAAUCCGAUUUUAUUUAUUUUUUAUUUUUUGCCUUUUAAAAUUCACACUGAACUUCCACAGCUUGUUGCUGGGAUGUUUUAAUCUUUAGGGAAAUUGAGAACAGUUGAUGGAGCCAUUUCUCUUGAACGGGGCAUAUAGCAUUAAGUUGGUGAGCCAUUCUGUCUGAGAUACAUUCCUUUACCCUCCCUCUCCUUUGCCAAAGCCAGUACUCGAGAGUUCUGAAUGUCGAUGCGGUCACAGGUCUUUGCGUUUCAUGCUUUCCUCCCUGCGUUUUACUUGCGCAGUUUUAGAGCAAAAUUAACCGAGCUUAGACAACGUCAGAGCAGUUUAGCUGGUUAAACCAAGACCAGAGCAUCUUCCUUGGUUAGUGGGUGGGUAUGAAGAGAGGACCGAGGACCCUCAUCAUUGGACCGCGUCAGGAGGAAGUGGCCCCACUCCGAGGAAGGGAAGAAGGAUAUAUAGCGGGAAGUCCAUCGCAUACGUCUCAGAGAAACUUAGACAACUAAGUGCACGGUGUUGGAGAGAAGGAACAGAAAGAACACGGAAGCCUAACCCAGGAGCGCUCCAGCUUCCCAGCAGACUCAUCCCAGCUAACCCACCCACCCCCAAGCAGGUGAGCUGCCACCGCGCCUAUCCCUUCCUCUCCCUCCUCCAUGAACUUGGCAAGAGCUGGGCACCUUCGCUCCCCUCCGCAGCCCAGUCCCCUAAGCUCCGACCAGGAUGAGGUUGAGAUCGACGUGCUGGCAGAGGAGGAAGAUGGAGACCAGACGGAGGACGACGAGGAGAAGGCGGAGGAGAUAAGCCAGAAGUGCCUGGAGCCGCCGCUGCCGGGGCCCGGAGCCCGCACGCUUCCCGGGAGGAGCGCGGGGGACCGCGGCGGCCUGAGCAACUCCUCGGGAUUCAUCCGUAAGUUCCGAGCGCCGGGGACAGCCGCGACCGCCGCAGCCGACGGCCCGCAGCCCGCCAAGCCGCCGUACUCCUACAUCGCGCUCAUCACCAUGGCCAUCCUGCAGAGCCCGCACAAGCGCCUGACGCUCAGCGGCAUCUGCGCCUUCAUCAGCGGCCGCUUCCCCUAUUACCGCCGCAAGUUCCCCGCCUGGCAGAACAGCAUCCGCCACAACCUGUCGCUCAACGACUGCUUCGUCAAAAUCCCCCGCGAGCCCGGCCACCCGGGCAAGGGCAACUACUGGAGCCUGGACCCAGCCUCCCAGGACAUGUUCGAUAACGGCAGCUUCCUCCGGCGCAGGAAGCGCUUCAAGCGCCACCACCCGCCCCCGGGAGGCCCCCCGCACGGCCCCUUCCCUCCGCCCGCUGGGCCCGCCACCCUGCACGUCUCCCACCCCAGCCUCCUGUUCCGCUACUCUGCCCCGUCGCAGCCUGGCCUCGCAGCCCAUCCUGCCGCCCCGCCCGGGAGCCGCCCGUGCGCGCCACUGCACCCGCAUCCGCUCCGCUACCUACUGCUCGCCGCCCCCGCCUACGCCGAAGCGUCCAGAAAAGCCCAAGAGGCGGACCCGGCUACACCCCGCGCCAUCCCCGCGCUGCAACCGGUCCUGGGUUCCCAGCCUUGGGACUGGGACGAGGGCUCCGGAUCUCGGCCCGGACGUGGGUGUACCUCCUUCACCAUCGAGAGUAUCAUGCAGGGGGUGAGAGGAGGAGGAGGAGGAACCGGGGCUGCUCAGAGUCCGCCCUCCGCUCCGUGGAGCUACUGCCACCUGCUGCAGCACCGGUCCUGCCUGCUGCACCCCCAGGCCGUUUCCCCUUUGCUGCAAGUGUCCGCCGCCGCCCGGACAAUGCUGCAGCAGCAGCCUCAGCAGGAGCAGCAGCAGCAGCACUGUGCCCGGAGCUGCGCUCCAGGUAAAGGCAUGCGCCUGGGCCGACACCUGUCGGCCGUUGCUGCGCUGCUGAGGCAUCAGCCUGCGGCCGAGGACUGCAGGCUGACAACUCUGGCCGCUCUUUCGGGCCGAGAGGGGACCUUGCCUGCAUUUUAAACAACAUCUGCGCCCAGCCUCCAGGCUGAUUCACCCUGGCACACCUGGAGCCAAGUGGCAGGGUGGAACCACUCGCUGUCUGGGUUUGUACCCCACCCCCCCUGCGCGCCUGCUAGGCUUGUGCGUGGAAAACCAGCAGCGGAGCAUGCACUAAGUCCCACCAAACUGUUAUUACUGUGUUCUGCUCCCUUGGUGACCCGAACGCAGGGAAAUCUGGGGGCUUCAAGUCUCGCUUUGUCUUGUCCGCUUCAGUUGUGGCUUCCACGGCUUUUCCGAUUUGCAUACUUCCUGGGGACCUAUGAACUAUGAACGUGAGUGAGAUGUUUCGUUGUUAAUAAAAACAGAACAUCUGGCAACACAAAAACACCUUCCCCCCAUCUUCAUUCCCUAGGGACUGCAAGUGUUCCCCAGUCAAAUGCAGAAUGCGUACAUGCUCUGAUUCCCGAAAUCCGUAUGUAAUAUAAGUAGAACAAUUUCGGAACUUUUAUUUCUUGUGUCUGUGGCGUGCCCUACUCCAGCGGGGAGUGUUAAAAUUAAACCUAGUAAUACAGAUUGAAUAAAAUACUAAAUCGGGA